CUAACAUGUCAUUCCUACACAUUGACAGUGAGAGCCCCUUCUCGCUGGACAAUCUGCCUUUUGGUGUCUUCUCGACCAAGGAAAAGCCAUACAUACGCGCCGGCGUUGCAGUGGGUCGACACGUUAUUGAUCUCAGCGCACUUCAUCGUCAUGGGGUUUUCCAAGGACGCCUGAGUGAUCACGCCAGUGUUUUUGAUUCUACCAGCUUGAACGCCUUCGCAGCUUUAGGUCGCCCCUUUAAUCAAAGCUACCGUCUCUUCGUCCGGAAUCUACUGCUAGCGGACAAUCCCGUCCUGCGAGACAACGAGGAACUGCGCCAAGAUGCCAUCUACGACCUUGACAAGGUCCAGAUGCAUCUACCAAUGGUGAUAGGAGACUACACCGACUUUUACGCCGGCCGCAAUCAUGCUUACAAUGUGGGCGUGUUGUUCCGUGGCCCGGAGAACGCUCUCCAGCCGAAUUAUCUCCAUCUUCCCGUCGGGUAUCACGGCCGUGCGUCUUCAGUGCAGAUAUCUGGCCAGCCAGUGUACCGACCAAACGGACAGAUUUGCCCUGGUCCCGCACCCAUAUUGUCGCCAUGCCGCAAGUUGGAUAUGGAGCUGGAGAUAGCAGCCUUCAUCUGUACGCCAAACCCACAAGGAGCUCCUAUACCCAUACAAAAAGCUUCCGAUCAUAUCUUUGGAUUCGUCCUUAUGAAUGAUUGGUCAGCUCGAGACAUCCAGGCUUGGGAAUAUGUGCCACUUGGGCCGUUCAAUUCAAAGAACUUUGCAACAACUAUCACGCCUUGGGUCGUGUUGGCAGAUGCCAUGGAACCAUUCCGCGUGAAGGCGCCAGACGCGCCGACCGGACUACUUCCCUACCUGACGCAGGACUGCAAUGGCGCUUACGACAUUGAUCUUACCGUCGAUCUCCGUAUCAGUGGUGAAACCCAUCGACUUAGUCGAUCGAACGCGCUUCAUCUCUGCUUUUCAUUCGAGCAGAUGAUUGCGCAUCACACGAUAACAGGCUGUCCCCUAAAAACUGGCGACUUAUUUGGCAGUGGCACCAUCUCUGGUAAAGAAAAGGAUAGUCUCGGCAGCUUGCUUGAGAUGACACUUAACGGGAAAGAGGAAAUGCGGCUGGGCUCGGUCUCGCGCACGUUCUUGGAGGAUCACGAUGAAGUGAUCUUAAACGGCGCCGCUGGAGCUUCUGGAGCGCGCGUCGGCUUUGGGCCCUGUAUCGGUCGAAUUCUGCCCGCCAAGUCCCUGUGACAUGACCUGCACGAUGCACGUAAUGCGCUU